CCAGGAGUAGAGUGUAUUCAAUAUGCCAAUUUAUUCCUCAUGUAAGUCGUUAACCGAAGCAAUCGAUUUCUCAUCAGACCUGUUUUUUUCCCUUAUCUUUAUAACAUGGACCUCCAGUUUUGACAAAAUCCCUAUGUCUGUCCCCCUCCCUCCCACCUCCUGCGGACGCAAAUGCUUGAUUGCCCCUCGAUUUUUUUUCCCGUCUGCUUUCUGAAGAUUUAAUCGCAGAACGACCUCGGGAUUUCUCUCCUCCGGCAUGGCCGCUGUGUCCGAUGACGCCACUAGUAUAUGUGCUCACUGUGAUCGUGCUAUCCCUGCUGUCAAUAUUGCUCUGCAUUACGCCCAUUGCUUCCGGAACCUUGAAAAAUGCACAAUUUGUGGUGAUAUGAUUCCAAAAAGAAACUCCAAGGAUCACUUUUUAAACACACAUGCACGGGCUGCCUGUUCAAUGUGCCAUAAGAUAAUGGAGCGCAAUAUGUUAGAAAUCCACAUAGGUGAAAGCUGCCCACAGAGAAUUGUCACUUGUGAGUUCUGUGAGUUCCCAUUACCAGCAGUUGAUCUGGCUGAGCAUCAGGAAGUAUGUGGCAACCGAACAGAACUUUGUCAACUUUGUAACGGAUAUGUUAGGCUCUGUGAAAGAUACAACCAUGAAGCCAGGUGCACUAGCAUCCCAGAUAAUAUCAUGGGAUCUUCAAGGGAUGCGAGGGCAAAUGAAAGAGAUGAAGAUGCUAGAAGGCGACCGCGGAAUGACUACUCAAAAAGACAUCUUCUAUUCACUGUAGCGGUUACUGGCAUUGCUGUUUUAGUUGGAUAUUUGUUCCACAGGAAGACGGAGCACAGUGAUUUGCGUUAGCCGCUGAUUUUGAGCAUGUUUUCUGGGGUUUGUAAAUGUGCUUCAAAUAUGCAUAAUCUAUUCGUAUUUAGCAGAACUCAUGAGAUAUUGAGAUGUAUACUUCGCUAUUCUAUUGCAGCACUUCGGCGCAAGCAUAGACUGAUCUAGCACAAUAACCGAUGAAUUGAUAUUUUUGUUGAUAGAAUAAAUUACGCUUUCUUUUUUUU